CCAAACUGUGGCGUUUCUUUUUGUUUAUAGUUGACGCUAAACGCACUUCACUUCGUUUACCGAGUGGUAUAAAUAUUUUUAUUCGUCCGUUGAUAACACGAUUUUUCACUCGAGUGAUCACGUGGUACAGUUUGCGACAUUAUGUUAAAAAAAGUCUCUUUAAAUAAAUACAGUAAAAUCUGUAAUAUCUAGAAGGAAAAUUUCUUCCUUCGGUGUUUAUUCUACUUUCAAUUAAAAUGUACAUUAAAGAGAUCAUGGCAAUCGCCAUAUAUUUGCUUUCAACUUUGACCUACAGAUAAGAAUGUAGGUAAUAAAAAAAUUGUAUGUACAUGGAUAAAGAUACUAUACUAUUCUUAGAUGUCUUACGUAAGAGGAGCAGAACCUUACUAGCUUUUACCAAAAAAAAUUCUGAGAAAAUCAAUAAUGAGAUUAAAAGAUCGUAUUUACAGAAUUCGUUAGUACUAUUCCUGAAGGAGAUAACUACCGAAUGCAAUAUAUCCUUGAAUUAAUAAGCGAUAUUUAUAGCUUUUAUUUACAGACCAUUAGGAAGACAGAAUUCUCAUUUAAAAAAUCAAAAAGAAAUAUGGAACUUGAGGAAUGAUUCCAGUGCUGUUAAAGAUCUUUUGCACUUGGAUCGUCAAUUUGAAAACACGGAUCAAAUGUGUACAUCGGUUUCUAACAUGCGACCUUUAGAAAGAAUAGUUAUACCGUCAAAAAAUGUAUCCCGUUCGCAUUCUUCAUACGUAGUAAAGAGAAAACCGGUGAAAGAAUGCUAUUGCAAUGUUGAAACGAAAAAGAUACAACCUCAUUCUUCAAAAAUCAUACAUAAACCUAAUCCACCUUGUAAUUACAAAAAUCAUAUUUGUCAAGUAUCAUUGCCUAUAAAUGAAAAUAAUAUACAAGACACAUUAUCACCUCCCAUUAGUUGCGAAACCAUCAGAAGAGUACAAAAAAUCAAUUACUAUCCCCAAUCUCAAUUUCUUCGCAACGUUCAAAAAAAAGUUUCUGUUCUAAAAGAUGUAUCUUUGGGUGAUUGUCCUGAUACUUGUCCAAGGUCAUCGUACUAUCACAAGCUAAGAACCGAUAAGACUUCAAAUUUAACGGAUACUGAUACUCAAUCAAAAUUUACCACUGAUACGAUUAGCAAGUCUAAUAUCAUCGACUUUGACAAAUUGGAUUCUAUCCAAAGAGUGUCAAAUUCUGUGACAGAUGAGGAAGAACAAAAUCAGGAAGAAGUUAUACAAAAAGUAAGCAAAGGUAUUCAAGUGCCUUUGAGAAAACCAGCUAAAACAAAGUUUCUUGCAAAGAGAACUAUUUCUUCGAAAAAAUAUAUACCUGAAGGACGUAAAGAAAAACCUACUUCAAGAUCAUCUUCUGAAAAUAAAAAAACCUUAAGAUCAUCCACUUUAGAUUGUCAGUGUCAUAAAAGUAAAGCAGACAAAUUUACCAAAGACUUGGAAAAAAAAGAAUUGGCAACAUAUCGUGUUUAUCCGAAAGAUUACGAAGCGGAUUAUCGAGAGCCAAAAAGAUGGUCCUCGACGUAUGACAAAGAUAGUCAAAGAAAAACUGCAAGAUCUUCGGGUAAUGAAGUUAAGGAAUUAAGAAAAUUUCGUGAACAAAAUUAUUUUGAUACUCAUGGAUCGAGUCAAACACUUAUGUCAUCGGAAUCUUCAGGAUCGUUACAACAAUAUAUGUUGAACGAUCGACUUUUUGCAGAGCCUGUUAAAAGGAUUCAUAAAAAAGAUUUAGUCGUAACCAUGCCACCCUGUGCAACGGUACAAAAAAAACGCGUUCAUUACUUCCCUAGAUAUAUAGUACGACAAGAGAAGAGUACUUGCAACACAAAUUACAAGAAAAAACGUUGCCAAAGUUGUCCAUUAACCGGACAUGCCAUAGAUCUUGGUAUUUCUAAACCUCGUCCGGUAUUAAACAGCUUGGCGUUAAAAUACCAAAAGAAACUUCCUUAACGAAGUAUUUUUAUAGUUUAAAUAAUUGUUUCUAUUAGGUAAACUAUACGAUUUCUAAU